AUGGACGAUUUCAUUGAACAGUCACACAUAGACACGGAUGAUGGCAUCUCAAAAUCGAUAUGGGAGAACAUGGUAGAGUCUCCAAUGAUUGAUUAUGUUUCUACGAGUAUACCAGCUUCCAAGUACAAGAUAAAAUUGAAAUAUGGGGGUAUUUUUCGACUAGCAAAGAACACUAAUUCUGAGGAGAAGUUCAUAGCUAUGCUUACCAUGUAUAAAAAUGAGAAAGAAGUAACCAUUUAUGUGACAACAGAAAAUAACCUUGACUCAAAUAACCUUAAUGUUAGUAAUCAGUUAUGCGUUAACAGAGAUGAAAUACAGUAUGAAGAUGAUUCAGACUAUUAUCCCAGUGUAGCAAGUUAUUAUAGCCGUCUUAGUUCUGAUAAAGAAUAUGAGCCGAUGACGGAUGAUGAUGAGGUUAAGAAAAUGGUGGAAGGACAUACAUGUACUCAAAGUAACAAGGGUGGUAAUAAGCGUGCUACUCAAGGAUGGAUUGCAAAUAUAGUUACUGAAAAAUUGAAAUCUGAUGGGGAUGUCUCUCCUAUGGAGCUUAGAAAGUGGAUUACGAAAACUUACAAUGUUGAAUUACCAUAUCUAAAAGUAUUUAGAGGUAAAGAGCAAGCUUAUACUGAUAUGUAUGGUAAGUGGGAAGAAUCAUUCAUGAAGUUGGAUGAAUUUAGAGAAGAACUAUUAAAUAGGAAUGAAGGAAGCAUUGUGGAAAUUGACUUUGAUAUUGAUGGAGACAAGAAACGAUUCAAAAGGUUUUUUAUUUGUCUAGCAGCUUGUUCUAAAGGGUUUCUUGCUGGUUGUCGUCCUUAUAUUGCUCUUGAUGCUUGCCAUUUAAAAGGAAAGUUCACUGGUGUACUAGCUGCUGCAACGGGUAUUGACGGUAACAAUUCCAUCUUUCCAAUAGCUUAUUCUGUGCUUGAAUCAAAGAGUACACAAUCAUGGACAUGCAAUUUCAAGAAACAAUUUCGUGGUGAAUUCUUCAACAAGAAACUUUGGGGUGCUGCAAAAACCUAUCGUCCUACCAAGCAUGACAGAUUAUUGAAGGACGUUGCCGAUGUAAGUCAAGAUGGCAUUACAUAUCUAAAUAACAACCAUAAAAAGAUAUGGAGUAGAAGCAAGUUUGGCACAACUUCCAAGUGUGAUUACAUCACUAAUAAUAUUUCGGAAUCGUUUAACUCUUGGAUUGGUGCGACACAUUAUCAACCUGUUCUUGAUCUUCUUGAUGCAAUUAGAGAAAAGCUUAUGAAAUGGUUUGACAAGAAGAGGAUGUUAGUGAAAAGAUGGAAUGGCGUAUUGGUUCCUAAUGCUAAGAUUCGUCUCAACGACAUCUCUAAGAACUUGGGUGAAUAUGAAGUAUGUAGAAGCGGUGAUAAUCAAGCUGAUGUGAAGUUCAAGGGAACGCGCUGGGAAGUCAACCUAGACAAAAGAAAAUGUGGUUGUCGAGUGUGGCAAGUUACGGGCCUUCCAUGUGUGCAUGCAGCGGCUUUUAUUGCUUUUACAAGGGAUGCUAAUUGGGACCAAUAUGUUGAUCAAUAUUUUAGUAUAGAGAAAUUUAAAGAAGCAUAUGCUUUCAAAAUUACUCCGAUGCCCGAAAAAGAUCAAUGGAUUAAAAAAGAUGGGGAUAAAAUUUACCCACCUCUCAUGAAAAGACCGCCUGGAAGACCCAAAAAAAAAAUAGAAUUAAACCCUCGGAUGAGCCUAAAAGAAGGCACAAGUGUUCGCGAUGUGGUGAGUAUGGACACCGUGAAAAAACUUGCAAAAAUCCCUCAUCUCAAAGUAUCGAUCAAAGUGAAACAUCCACGUCUACAAGGAAACGUAGAAAGAAAACCAAAUCUGGCGGUAGCUUGGGAGUUUCAGGGUUCAUGUGAAAAAAAUUGA